UGGAAUAAGAGGUGGAUAGAAUAGAGGUGGAAUAAAAAACAAAACACGAAAACCCACCGCGCUUUCUCGCCACUGUCCUCUCCCUUCCUCUAUAUCCUGCAAAUUCUUCACCUCUGAUUGGUCGCCGGACCCAACCGAACCCACCCACCAACCGACGCUGGGUGACGUGGACUCUAUAAAAGGCAGCGAGAGCGACCCGUGAGUUAGUCUACACUGAAUUACUCAGGAGAGAAGAUCUCUGCAGGGCAGAGCUGGGGAGAAAACGAAAAAAAAAACUGCUGCUCUCUCUCUUUCUCUCUCUCUCUUUCUUUCUCUCCGCUCCUUUCUUUACGUCUCCACACGUCCCACCGCUUCUUCACCUCGCUUUGAAGGAUUUAAAGAGUCGCUGAGAAGAAGGGAAGCAACUUUAUUUGUCUUUUUUGUCUCUUUUUUCGGACGCUUUUGAGUUCGGACACGGACAGCGGAGCCGAGACUGUUGCACUGAUUUUUUUCUCUCUCUUUCUCUCUACCUCUUUUUGACGCGUGACAGUAAGAAAAGACAGAGACGAUGCAAAGUCAGACUUCUUUUGCUGUGCAUUAGAAAAUAGUUGGUGUUUUUUUCGCUUUUGGGCCACUUUUGUUGUUGAAGUAAGAAAGAAAGGAAGAGAAGGAAGGAAGGAAAGAAAGAAGGACUCGUCGUUGCAGUGCAUGCUCCAGCAUUGCUUCGCUCUUGGAGGAGAAAAGAAAAAAGAAGAAGGAAAAAAAAAAAAAAAGAAAAGAAAGAGGGGAACAGAACCGUGCGCGUGCGCCUGUGCGCCUUUGAGUGUGCGUGCGCCCUGAGUGAGUGAGUGAGUGUGUGUGAUGACCACGCAGCUGUCCUCGGGGGGCGAGCUGCCCACCAGCCCUCUCGCGCUGGACUACGUGAGCGAAUUCGACCUGCUCAAGUUUGACGUGAAGAAGGAGGCUCUCGCCGGACUCGUGAACGGAGGCGCCGGCAAUAACGGCGGCGGCGGAAACGCGCGCACGUGCACGCGCCUGCCCCAGGCCCAGGGCUCCGUGUCGUCCACGCCCAUGAGCACGCCGUGCAGUUCGGUGCCCAGCUCGCCCAGCUUCAGCCCGGCCGAGCACAAGGGCCACCUCGAGGAGCUCUACUGGAUGGGCGCGAGCUCCGCUGGCGCUGCUGCCGGAGCCAACGGGUACGCGCAUCAGCAACAGCAGCAACAGCAGCAUCACCACAUCGACCCCCACGCGCUCGGCUUGAGUCCCGAGGAUGCCGUGGAGGCUCUGAUUGGUGCCGUGGGGCACGUGCACCAACAGCAGCAGCAGCAGCAACAACAACAACAGCAGCAGCAACUCCAACUUCAACUCCAGCAGCACGCGGGCUUUGAGAGCUACAGAGCUGUCCAUCAUCACCCUCACCAUCCUCAUCACCACCACCAUCCUCCCCAUCCUCAUCAGUACGUCAUGGGUCUAGACGAGCUGCCGGUGCACUCGCACGCGCUCGUCAACGCGCAGGACCCGGACAGCGGCAGCCCGUCUCCGACGUCUCCAGGAGCGCACGAGCACCAACAUCAUCAGCAGCAGCAACAGCAGCAGCAGCUUCACCACCGCCACCAUCAGCAUCAUCAGCACCACCACCAUCACCACCACGGUAGCGGCCACAGCCAUCACGGCGGCGGAGGCGGCGGCAGCGGCGUGGAUGAGCGCUUCUCGGACGAGCAGCUCGUGUCCAUGUCCGUGCGCGAGCUCAACCGGCACCUGCGCGGCUUCUCCAAGGACGAGGUGAUCCGGCUGAAGCAGAAGCGCAGGACGCUGAAGAACCGCGGCUACGCGCAGUCCUGCCGCUUCAAGCGCGUGCAGCAGAAGCACGUGCUCGAGCACGAGAAGAACCAGCUGCUGCAGCAGGUCGAGCAGCUCAAGCAGGAGGUGGGAAGGCUGGCACGCGAGAGGGACGCCUACAAGCUCAAGUGCGAGAAGCUGAGCGGUGGAGGAGACGGCGGAGGAAGAGGAGGAGGAGGAGGAAGAUGCCUGAACGGCUUCAGAGAAGCUGGAUCCACCAGCGACAACCCGUCCUCACCUGAGUUCUUCAUGUGAGUGCUGAAGAUCAUUAUGAUGGUCCAUUAUCCAUCCAAUGACUCGAAUAAUAAUAGCAACAACAACAACAACAAUAAUAAUAAUAAUAAUAAUAAUAAUAAUGAUAAUAACGCAGCUGAUCUAUAUCAAUAGUAGAGGAGUGACGAUAAUAAUGAUGAUAGUAUGUUAAUCAGCUCUAUACCUGGCAACUCCAAAACAAAGAUCAAAGAGUUUUGAGGGUCUUUUGUUUAAGUUUUUGUUUGUUCGUUUGUUUUUUUUAAAAGCAGAGAUGCAGCAGCAUCUUCGCCACUUGUUCUGUUUGUUUGUUUAUUUGUUGUAAACAAAUCAGAAGAGCUUGCUCUGUCUGAUCUUCGUAGCUACAGUUUGUUUUCAUUUCUUUAAUUUAGAAGAUGCAUCUUCAUAAGUUUGUGUUUCUUUGUUUUUCUUUUUUUAAGAACUCAAACUCUCUGUAGCUUCAGUUGAGAUCAUCUCCCCCCUUUUUCUCAAAGAGUCUGAUCACAACUAACCUAUCCAGUGUUCACUCUUUAUUAUUGCAUUAUUAUUAGCGUUUAUUUUCACUGGAUCAGAUCGUCCUUUUCUGCAAAUUUGGCCUCUGUUGUUCAGGAAAAAACCCUCUUAUGACACAAUAUUUAUGCUGAGAGGAGACUUUGGACUCGUAUUUGUUGUUUUUUUUUUCCCUCUUGGCCCUAAAAGUCAGACUUUGUCAUUAUGCAAAACCUUCAGGGGGUUCCUUUAUGCAACAUCUCAUUUUGGGUUAUUGCCUGCUUGGUUAUAGAAAGAUAUAUAAAUAUAUAUAUAAAAAGAAAACAAAACAAACAAACAAUCUGCAUUAAAAUAUUAAUCCUGCAUGCUGGACAUGUAUGGUAAUAAUUUCUAUUUUGUACUUUCUCUUUUUUUGUCUUUUAUCCUCUCUUUCUCUCUUCGUGUAUCUUAAAUAGCAUGUUGUUGAUCUUGAGCUUUCCUCAUUGCUGUUUCUCGGACUUUAAGAGAGAUGAACUGGUGACCCAUAUCAGGACUGUUUUGGGGGUUCGUUUUGGGCUUGUAAAUACAUGCAACAGCAAAAGAAAACAGCAAAAACAUACACAACUAAAUUUUAAACAGAAGAAAAAAUCAAGGAAUUGAUUGUUUUUGAUGCUUUCGUUGGAUUUGGAU